AUGUCUGGUGAAAAUGAUCCGACAUCAGACGAUAUUCCACCACAACCACCUGUAACAGACCCACAGCGAGAACUUGCUGCCCAGGCUAUGAGUGAGUUUGAGAAGGGUCAGUUCACAAACUGCACUAAGACGAUGGGUCAGCUGGCAGACGCUCGGCCCACGGACGUGAAAGUUGUGCAUAACCGCUCUGUGGCUCUUUUCUACCAGAGCCAGUGCAGAGCAGUUGAUGAGUUCCGGCAUAAUAUCCAGACUGUGUUUAACAUGGCGGUGGUCUUAUACCAUGAGAAGCAGUAUCGGGCAGCCUUGUCAGUGCUGGAGAAGCUCUUUAGAUACAUCGAGCCAAUAGAUGAGACACUGGCUCAGAAGAUGAUGUUGUUACUGACAGAGUUAUACCUUACAGUUCAUCAGCCAUAUGAUGCGAUGCGGAUGAUAGUGAACAUUGAAAAGUUUCUCUCUGGGAAAAGCCAGUCUUCUCAGGAUAAGGACAAAGACAGGAAUGACUCCAUCUAUGCAGCAGCGCAGGAAGCUUUGAAGGCCAAACUGACUUUGUACAAAGUUCGCUGCAACUUAAUGGCAAAGGUCAUGAAAAACAAAAAGGAGUGCAAAGCAUUACAAGGAAAUAGCCAGCCAGUAAAUUACGUGAAGGCAUACUAUGAAUAUUUGAAAGGCAACUUGAAAAAGGCAGCCAAGAUGUUAGGCAACCCCCCAGCUUUUCAUAUAUCCCCCACCAGCGGAGAAUGUCUGGCAGUAAUGUACGCCAACAACCAGGCACUUAUCAACAUGUGCCUGAACAAACCCAACCUGGCUGUCUGUCAGCUGCGAGAUGCUCUCAGGUUCAACGAGAAAGCCGUCAGGGAAGCUGUGCCCAAUGAUAAAGCGCGACCUCCACUACAGGUGAGCUUCAUCAGUCAGCACUAUGUCCUCUUCUACAACCUGGGUGUGCUGCAGCUUCACUGUAAGAGGCCCAGUGCUGCCUUCGACUGUCUGGUGGAGUGUGUCCAGGUCUUUCACAGAAACCCCCGCUUGUGGCUGCGACUGGCCGAGUGCUGCAUCAUGCACUAUAGAGAGGUAAGGCUGUUUAACAACGAUGUGGACCGGGAACACAAACUGAAGCUGGACGUUAUACAGGCCUCUGUGGGCUCGGGCUUCCACCACAAGCUUAUCUUGGGGCAGGGCGUUCAGAGAAACAAGAAAGUGGCAUCAUCAGGUGGUGUAUUUCCGACCCUGAGUCUGGGGUUUGCCUCCUUCUGUUUGAAAAAUGCUCUGGCACUGUUACCUGUGGAUCCUCUGGAUGUCAGACCCCCGCCCCAGGAUGAACAGGCAGAGUCCGGGCCACCUCCGACAGACCCCUUGCUGAUAUCUACAGAACCUGGGAACCCACUGAGGGAAACUGAAGUGGCAAACCUCAGGUGUUCCAUCCUCGCUGCCAGCGCCUAUGUUGCCCUGUGUGAAAACGAGUAUUAUAAAGCUCUUGCUCAUGCCGCCAACCUUCUGCGCCAGCCAAACCUUUCUCCUGCUCAAAGAUACCUGGGCUACAUGUACAAAGGGGAAGCUCUGAUUGCUUUGGACCGGAUAGCGGAUGCUGUGGAUACUCUAAACCCGGAUAAUGUGACAGAUGUUAGUACAACCUUACCAGAGUCUGUGACAGAUCAAGAAAAAGACCAAGAAAAAUUGGCAGAGAACAGAGAAUCCCUGGUGAAAUGGCAGCCGUCCAAUGUGACUGUAGCCAGGGCAUUCAUGCAGUACAACCUGGCCGUAAUGACUAGUUCUGAGAAAGUGGGAACACCCAUUCCAGUCCACAUGUUUUAUUUGAAACUCUACUUGGAUCUGAAACAAGGAAACAAGCAGGGAGCUAUCAGCAUCAUCAACGAGCACUUUGGAUAUAUUUCAAGGAACUGA